AGCGGUCCAAUUUUUUGUAUAGUGGCGACUAGUGGAGCGAGACUCCUUGCUUUCAACGAUGCUCUCCCGCCGAGGUUCGACCGCUGAAAGACGCUGAAAGAAAAGCGACAGCUGUUCAAACCGGAAGAAAACGCACCUUCUGAUAACUUUUUUUUUUUUGGAUAACAUUUUAUUUUUUUUGGAAGUACCAACUUCUUUUUUUCUUUUCUUUUUCCCUCCAUGACCGGCCACGUGUCUUGGGACAGGCAAACGGCGCGCUUUGUGUACAAGCUUUUAUCUACAGCAGCGACGCCGUUGGCUUUGGCAAAUCUGCUCGUCAGGAAGACGAGAGGUCGUGAGCACGAUCAGCUAUGGCGGCAGCGAGUGGGGGAAGGAUACAGUGCACGUCCUAGGGGUUGUCUUCUCUGGUUCCAUGCCGUCUCUCUAGGAGAGAGCGCUGCUGCAACGGUGGUGAUCAGGCGGUGCCUGGAAGAGCGACCUUCUGUUAGCAUUCUCUUGACUGUUGGAACUCUGACAGCAUAUAAUCGUCUCAAAGAUGUACUACCUGCAAAUGUUACCUGCCAGUUUGUUCCUUUAGACACACCGUCGGCAGUGAGCAGGUUUUUGUCGUAUUGGCAACCACAGGCUGGAAUCUUCAUGGAAAGUGAGCUGUGGCCAACGCUCGUCCUUACUGCAUCAGAACAACAGAUCCCAAUGGCACUCUUGAAUGCUCGGAUGUCAGAGAGGUCGUUUCACCGUUGGUCACUGCCGCUUGCCAGGUCGUUGGCUGCUGAGAUGCUGUCCAGUUUCUCGCUCAUCGUCCCUUUGAAUAAUCAGGAAGCGUUGCGGUUUCAGCUGUUAGGUGCACGGCCUGAUACCAUCCAAUUUGGUGGUGAUCUCAAAUAUGCGACUUCUUCGGCUUCACGUUCUCUGGAGUCGGAAGCAGCAAUCGCAGAGCUGCGGCCUCAGCUUGAGAGUCGCUCAGCGAAAUGGCUAGCUGCCAGCACACACCCUGGCGAGGAAGAAGCGAUCGGUCGUGUCCAUCUGCAGCUCCGCAAAAAUGUUCCGGAUCUGCUGACUGUGAUUACGCCCCGUCAUCCAGAGAGAAGGGCAGAAAUUCUCAAGGUGCUGUCUUCGCAAGGACUUUCAGUUGCCAUUAGGAGCGAAGGGCAAAAAAUAGACAUGGGAACGGAUGUCUAUCUUGCAGAUACUGUAGGCGAGCUAACAGGCUUGUACUCCCUCUGCCCUAUUGUAUUUGUCGGCGGCUCUCUCCUUCCCGGUUUGGCAGGCCAUAACUUCGCCGAGGCAGCAGCAGCAGGCUGUGCUGUGUUGACAGGCAUGUUUUAUUUUCUUCAUUUUCUUCAUUGACUAAUUAGUAAUUUUCCUUAAACCACUACCGGUAGCACCUUUGUCGGUUUGGAAAAUAG